CAAUCACUAGUCAGCAUGAUGAAGCAAAUUUUUGUCUGUGCAUUUUGCUAACUAUUGUCCUAGAACUCUUAAGUUUAUUCAUUAUCUUCUUAAUAUCCUAUUAUUUAGAAUACAAUUUUUAUUAAAUUGAUUUUUCAUUACCAAUUAAUAUUACAACGAUGUCUGGAGCAACAGCACUGUUUGGAAAUACGACUGGUAGAAAUCAGUCAAAAAAUCUCGUAGAGUUUAGAGCUGGGAAGAUGUCAAUGAGAGGUAAAACUGUGUACCCUGACAAAAGAAAGGGAUUAGUAUAUAUACAUCAGUCAGAUGACUCUUUAAUUCAUUUCUGCUGGAAAGAUCGUACAACAGGUGCAGUUGAAGACGUAAGUAUAUACAUCCAAAAUUAACUUAUUAUAAUUUAUAUAGUGUUUUUACAUAUCUAUUGAAAUAUAAAUAAUGAUUUAUAAUAAUACAUCAAUCUUAAUCUAAAUAUUAUUAAGUGCAAUUUUGUAUUAUUUGAAUGUUUUUCUGUUGAAGUUUGGCUCUUGGGUCUGGGAAAAAAAUUUUAAAAUAUCGAUAAAUGUCUCAUAGAAUUUUUUAUUUGUAUGCCGCGUUUAAAAAACCUUCAUUGAUCAUACUUUCUGAUCAAUCUUUAUGGAUAUCGUGGAUUCUUUUCAAUAUUUUUUAAAGAAUGUUUAAAUUUGGUAACCCUAAAAAAAGCCGUUUAAUUAGUUAAUAGGGUUGUUCCUAAAAAGAACAGUUUUCAAUAAGACAUAUUAGUUUUAUUGAUUUGUAAUUAAUAUCAAAUUUUUAAUUGUAGAUACCUAAACAUUUUAUAUAAUUUUCAUAAUGCAAUCGGUUACCAAAUAACAUAAAAUGAUUAAAAUUACUAAUGUAAUAUUGUAUACGAUAAUUUACUUCUCACUUUUACACUUAAACUUAUUUAGUUAUGUAAAACUAAUAAUCGUGUUUUCACUACUAAAAAUAGGUACCUACAAAUAUAUAAUUUCAUAACAAAAUAUAACAAUGUACAGUCUAAAAAUGGUCUGUAAAUGGAAAAAUCUAAAAUAUGACCGAUAAAGAUUUUUCUAAGGCGUUAUACAAACAAAAUCUAUGUACAAUUUGUUGAUAUUUUUUUCUCGGACCCAAAAGCCAUAGGGAUUUCAACCGAAUUAUCAGUAUACUGUUUAUUAUGUUCAUAAAAUUGAAAUUGUUAUUAUUACAAAAUUGUAAGUAACAGUUUUUUUGCUUCUCUUAGAAUCUAAAGCAAAUUAAUAAUUUGUCUUUUUUAAUUAUAUAGUAAUAAAAUGUUUAUCUCCUAAUCUAUUUUGGUUAAUGAAAAGAUAAUAAAAUCCUAAUAUUUAUCUACUUAUAUUUAUUCAUAUUUUAAUAACUUAAUAUUAAUUAUUUUAAUUCAUAUUGUAUUUAAAGGAUUUAAUAAUAUUCCCUGAUGAUUGUGAAUUCAAGUUUGUGUCACAAUGUACUACUGGAAGAGUUUAUGUACUGAAGUUCAAGUCAUCUAGCAAAAAACAAUUUUUUUGGCUACAGGUUUUUAUUUUUAUAAUAUUAACGAAAUGUAAAAUUACUGAGCAAAAUAUAUUUUUUAUUUAUUUCAGGAACCAAGCAAAGACAAAGAUGAGGAAAACUGUCGCCGUGUCAAUGAUGUAAUGAAUAACCCUCCAGCCCCAGGUUCAAAUCGCAGUGGGGGCACUACUCCUGGUUUGUAUAAGUAGCGAAAAAAAAGAUUUAUAUGUAAAUAUAUACCAGAUAAAGUGUAAUAGUCUCUAUUUUUGGGAAUAUUUGACAAAAAGAACUUUUUCUCAAAAUGUAUAUAGUUUUUGAAAUAUUGGUUUUCCUAAGUAGUAUAGUAUCUACUUAAUACGUUAUAUUUAUCUGGUCCCAAGGAAAAUUUUUUAAAUAAGUUCAACUAUAUUUUUAAAUUAAUUUUAUUUAGAUGGUGAUUUGCAAAACUUACUUAGUAACAUGUCUCAACAACAAUUAAUGCAGUUAUUUGGGGGAGUUGGUCAAAUUGGUGGUUUGUCAUCGUUACUUGGAACAAUGAGGUAAUUUAAUUGAAUGAUAACAGGUUAACUAGAUAUUUAAAAAUAUAAUAUUUUACAUAAGAUCGAGUCAAACUGGACGCUCAUCAUCGUCAACUCAAUCAUCUAGUGCACAACCCACAAAUACCAGCAGUAGUACAAAUACCAACACUGGUAGUAAUCGGUCAACUAGCAAUAGUAAUUCACCUCCACCUACUAGUAGUACUAGCACAAGUUCUGCAGGUGACAACAAAUAUUAUAUGUUUGUGUUUUAUAAUAUUUCAUCUUAUUAAAGAAAAUGAUUAAUGUAUAGAAAGUCAAGACCAAAAAUUAGCAGCUACUGGUAUUCAACUAAGAGAUCUUCAAUCUAUGUUAUCUGGUUUGACUGGUGCUCAAGGAACUACUGAUAAACCAGCUGGUACCAAAAUAUAAAUUUUGUUUUAUGGAAUACAUUUUUUUUUUAAUUAGUGAAAAAACGUAAUAAUACUGUUGAUUGAUAUUUGUAUUUUAAUCUAAAAUAAUUGUAUUAAUUUAGUGGAUUUAUCAGCUGCUAUGGACUUGGAAAAUUUGGAAAGUGUAAUUGACAAUAAAGGUGCAGUGAACCAAUUAGCACAACACUUACCUACAACAGAAAGUGAUCCUGAUUAUGACCACGGACUAAGCACACGAACAACACCUGAUGAAUUGAAGGAAACAAUACUUUCUCCACAGUUUAGACAGGUUUGUUGAAAAAUUUAACCUAAUUUAUUAUUCAUACAAAAUAUAUUUUCAAAAAAAUGUUUUGUAAUUAAAUAUGACUAUUAAUCAAGUUUAAAUUCAUGUUAUCCAUUUAUAUAUAUAUAUAUUCCCAUUCUCUGGUUGAACUACUAAACUGAUAUAUAAUUAAAAUUAUAUAAUAAUAAGUCAUAGAUUGAUAAUACCUUAAAUUUUGUAGUAGGUACCUAUAUAUUUAAUUUCAAAUUAUUUUUCAACUAAUAAAAUUUUUAAAAAAAAAUGUCAACAAUUGUGAAAUAUAAAUUAAUGUCUUGACAUCUCCUUACCCACUUUUUUUACUCUACAUCUUACACAGUUAGAUACUUAGGAUUAUAUAUGGCCUGACAAAUUUCCUGUAUAGACGUGUAUUUGGCAAAGCCGCGCGACAUUAAUAUUUAAUUUUUACAUAAUUUGAGACUAAUUUACUGUUCACUGAUGUAAAAAUCAAAUAACCAUGCCGCAUAUUUGCUGUGCAGCACAAGGCUGCCAAAGGCCGCACAGCUAAAAUUGCUCUAUCUGGACAUGCCUUUACCAACUUCUCUUUGAAUCAUUUUUGUUAGCAAUUGCUUUUCUUUGCGUCCAAAUAUAAAUUUGAUAACUUUAUGCAUCCUACCUUACCAACUUCCUAUCUACAAUAGUGGUUGUCUAUCUCCUGUAUCAGCUCUUUAUAUUUAUUUUUAUUUUAUUUUUAAAUUUUUUAAUUAAAUAUUAUAUUUUUAGGCUGUUAGCAUGUUUAGUAAUGCCUUACAAACAGGCCAACUAGGAUCUGUGGUACAACAAUUUGAUUUAGGAGCUGGAGCUGUAAGUGCAGCAAACCAAGGAAAUAUGGAAGAGUUUGUACGAGCACUUCAACAAACAAACAUUAAUGCAGAAGAAUCAGAAGAUGUUAGCCCGGUAAACCCAGAAAAGCGCAAAAAACCAGAUAAUGAUGAUAUUGGUUCAAAGUAAUAUUAUUUAUUGAUAACAUUUUAUGAUUUAUUUUUAAUAAUUAAUUUAGGCAUUUAUUAAAGCUUUCUUAUUCAAUUUAUAAUAUCCUUAUAAUAAAUAAAUACAAAUUUAUUCAGAUGAUAAUUAUUAUAUUUUUUUUUAAAUUUUAAUUGUUAAUAAUAGUUGAAUAUUCUUUGGUCAAGCUUCCUUUUAUCAGUUUAUUCUCCAGUCAUCAUUUCCAUAAAUUCUAAAAAUCCAAAUGUAAUAUUAAGGGAAUGUUUUUAAUAUUUAUAUAUAAUUAUUUACCAUCAAAGUCAACUGUUCCUGAUCCAUCGGUAUCAAUUUCAGCAAUGAUACCAUCCAAGUCUUCUGGACCAAGUUUGUCAUCCAAUGCCCCUAAUAUUUCCCGAAGUGUAGCAGUUGUAAUGUAUCCAUUGCCUUCUCGGUCAUAUAGUCGAAAAGCUUCUUUUAGUUCUUCUUGCAUUGCUUCAGCAUCAUCUUCUUCAAGAAAAUGAGCAGCAAUUUCACAGAACCCAUCAAAAUUUACUUUUCCUGUACCUACAGUAUAGAAUUACAAAUACAUCUUCAGGUAUUAACUUAAAUAGUACUUUACCAUCUGGAUCAACUUCUUCUAUUAGUUCUUUUAAUUCUGAGUCAUCAAAUAAUUGGCCCAUGGUAUUUAAGAUAGUACUAAUUUUUAAUGUAUCGAUAAAUCCAGAUUUAGCUGUGUCAAACAUUUGAAAUGCUUUUCGCAUUACU